AUGGGGCUUGGAGCGAGUCACUGUGUCGGUGUCUGGGCUCCAACUGAGGUUUCCAUAACGACAAUGGUGUUAGCUAUCGUUUUCAUGAUAGCAACCGUCCCAGGAAACUUGAUGGUCAUCUUGGCAGUUCUAUUCGAUCCCAACAAAAAUCUUCGAAACCCGUUUACGCUUCUGGUGGCAAAUCUUGCCGUCACAGACCUUAUCGUGGGUGCGCUGGUAGAGCCGUUGUCCAUUAACACGCACUACAGAGAGUCUCGAGGCUUGUCCAUCAGCAUGUCAUGGUUCUCUCAAUCUGUGUAUUUUCUGUGUUGCACGGCGUCUCUGCUGAGUCUUGCAGCACUUACUGUCGAUCGCUACUUAGCGAUAACAAAGCCUCUGUGGUACAGAGCCAACGCCAAUUAUGGGCGUGUAGCCACAGCUGUCUCCCUGGUUUGGAUCCUUUCAUGUUGUUCCACCUCCAUUUUCUUCUUUGUCGGCUUUGUGGCCUACGCUUUUGUCUUUGCCAACAUUACGAUGUUUUGCACUAUUUUUAUCUUCAUUUUCUCUUAUGUGCGUAUCUUUCAGUACGCCAAAAACCAAAUCACCCAAAUCGACAAUUUGACCGACGGUCAAACAGAGCUAAAUAAGGCUCGUCAACGAGCCAUAGAGAUGGAAAAUAAGCUCACUAAAACCUAUCUGAUCAUGCUUGGCAUCUUUCUGUCCUGUUACAUACCUUCGUGCAUCAUGAUCUAUUUCAUGAAUCUUUGCCAGGGAUGCAGCUGUGAGCUGAUUCACUGGCUGAGAGAUUUCCACUUUGUUUUCAUUACAAUCAAUUCUCUCAUCAAUCCCUUUCUUUACGCCUUCCGACUGCCGAACUUUAAGAGUGCAGUGAAGCGAAUGCUCGGUUGUGCAUCCCAAGUUGCCCCAGUAAUCGUUACUACGGGCAACGAGGUCACAGUCAAGGACUCUGGUCCUAGAAAUUUGUCAUCCGCCAACAUCAGGAGCACGUCACAAGCCCCUGGUCCAUGUGAGUAAAACCUUACCUUCUGCAAACCGAGAUGAUUUCCUUGAGGAGACGCAUUGGAUGAAGAAAUCACAUGUAAUCGUUAUACGGGAAUACUUUACUUUUUAUUGAGAGCUUUGAGAGUUUCUUCUUAAACGAAAGACUCCAUAUAUCCAUUCAGGUGCUUGAUGUGUAGAAGUCCUAUUGUUGGAAAAAGUUUAUCCAGAAGUUUUUUUCUUCAUUGUUAGGUCACUUUUAUGUUAACAAAAAUGUUUAACCUUUAUUCUACCUUACUUAGUAAUAGACAAACAAAGUAUCUUUAAUUAGCUUAAUGACCAAUAUAUGAGCAAGAGAAAACUUCGGCAGAUAAAUCACCAAUAAGUGACACUGAUCCCUCGACGAACAUGAGUAGAUCCUUGUUGAAUAGUUUUGAUUCGCUGUGAUAAAAAGGCAGUAGGCAUUCUCAACAAGGGUGUCAGACUUACAGCUAUUCUCAAAAUGAUGCACUGACUACAUUAUUCAAUAUAUUUAAAAUCUCUUAAGUUACGCCAGUUCAUGAAGAUGGUAGGGAAUCUUAACACUUUCAAGUCUUCCACAAAUUUUUUAAAAAAUCAUCUGAGAAGGACUACCGAAUAAUUUGGACAAGCGCGGUAACCUCUACCAGAUUCAAUUACGAUUCGGGCAAAAGGGGGCAUUGCACGGCGCAAAUGAAGGCAUAAACUAGUGGCAACUAAGGGACGGGCUUUAACGUAUACAUAUGAUGGACAUUAAUGUAUCAUAUGACGGACAUUAAUGUACUCAUAUGAUAGACAUUAAUGUAUUCCUGUAGUGGACAUCAAUGUCUACAUAUGUGAGGUUUUCUUCGGAAGGCUCUGAAACUAUUCAUUGAAACAUUCCAAGAAAAACGUUAAGGAAUAGGAAAAGUGGCCUUCGUCAUUUCACCAGUUACUUUAAAACAGGAAACGAUAUAUUGCGAUAUGAAGUAUUGCCCCCUUGAAGUAAGCAAUCACUUGUGGUAUUUACAUAAAUGAUUUUUUUACGAGUUAUGCGUGUUAGUCAGGUACUGGUGUCAUUAGCGUUUGUCAUGCACAUUAGUUUUGCAAGUAAACAGUAUGUUAUGUGGGUAUUCUGAGAAUAUAUUGAAUUGUAUGUAAAGCACGAAUAAAUAAAAUACAAAAACGAAAUGUAGGUAAAUGAUUCAUCUUGUUACUCUUACGUACAUAAUUUCAGAAUAUUUUCAGUGACUCAAGCAAAUUACAAUUCUCUAACAAGGUCCAAAAACUCUCUAGUUCAGUCACUCGUUGGUCAAAUCGUCUUUGCUUUAGACAAAAUGCAAAUUGUUUUUUAUUUUAAUAAUCACUGAAUUGGCCAAGCCACACAUUAACAUCACUUAUUCUUUUUUUAAUAUAUUGUUGUAAGUGAAGUGGCCUCUCCCAUAAGUCCCGUGGCUUCCUGGGUCUUCUCGCGUUCUAUUAAUUGUAAUGCUGUAGAUUAUUUAUUGGUAAAAAGGAAAAUAAUAAUAUGAUGAUGAUGAUGACUUUGAGCCUAACACAACUGAUUAAAACUGAUCUGUGUAAGGUAAUUUAGUGUUAACAACUGAGUUGAAAACGUAAAUUAGCCACAGUAAAGGGUAAAAAAGCUGACGUUUCGAGCGUUAGCCCUUCGUCAGAGCGAUCUGUGUAAGUCCGACUUUGGUGCGAUUGUAAUCAACAAUUUGAUUAAUCACUCCCCCCAAAGGCUGGUUUUGUCUCACCUCUUGACCAGUGCCUUCAAAUAACCUUCUGGGUCCCAAAUAAACUGUGAAACUGAUAAAGGAUAACAGUAAUGACGAUAAGAUGUAAUGCACCUAUGGAAAAUAUUUUUUUAAGAGGGAAGGAGGAGGGGUGGGGCCCUGUCAUGCUUGCUUUCUUUACCUCUCUAGACACAAGACUACGGGCAACUAGACACGAGUUUGCAGUUUAAGUCCUCUGGUCAAGUUCCAGGGGAGCAAGGUGGGUCUAAAAACUGCGUUGUCAGUCUUUGAGGGUUUUUCCUACCAAGAACUGCAGUUGAUCCCUAUUCGUCCGGCAACGGUAAAUCAUGACAACAUGAGCGGGCCGGUUUCGUAUAAUUGAGGUGUACUGGUCUUCUUUUCCAGGCAAGUGAAGGGGAUUGGAAAACUAACUGUGUUGUCACUCUUUCGCCCUAAUUUUCUGUCAUUGGUGUUACUUCGACUCCUGUUCUUUCACCAGGCAAAGUAACUCAUGUAACUGUAGAGCGCGAUCUUUUAUGCGCUUAUGCUCAGGUUAGGGUUAAGGUUUUAGGGUGAGGGUUGGGAUUAGGGCUAGGGUUAGGUUUAGUGUCAGGAUUUUCGGGAUAAGGUUAGAGACAGGGUCAGGAUUCUGGGUUUGGGAUUUAGGUUUUACGGUUAGGGGUUGGAAGUGCCACCAUACGAUGUGUGAAAAUCAGCCUUUUAAGAAUUCUUUGACAAAGAGUCUUUUGGAGUAAUUUAUACUUUUACUUGGGAAUGUGGGAAAAAAUGGAUUUAUUUUGCAAAACACUCCCUAUGCCUGUAACUGUUGUAAUAACAUAUAUAAAAAAAAAAUAAGCGCCCUUAAUUGGUUGAAAAUGAGUACAUUACAUGUGACAAGAGUGCAAAGUUGUGACAAGAAUUCAAAGUUGUAUCACGAGCGCAAAGUUGUAAAACGAGUGCAAACCCUAUAUAGCGCGCGCGCAAUGUCAAAAUUUCGUCUGUCUUGAGUUCUCUAUGAAUUGCACUUGCGCUACGGAUCAUGCAAUUUAGUUGUGUUUGAAAAAUUUACUCGCGCUCAUUAACUCCGAACUACAUUCGAAAUAAUGUUAUCACCUUAACAAAACUCUUCCCCCUCUCCCUUCGAUCAACCUGAUUUAAUUAUACUUGCUGGCUGAGGAAAAGUCUUUUCUUAUCAAAAUACGGAAAAAAGUCGUUAAUCAUCAGUGUUGAUAUGAUUUUCGAGAUAGUUCAGGAUGUGUCCUCCUGUUCCUGUAAAUGAGUAACCGUGUGGGCCUCUCUACCGAGGAUAACAACUGGUCAGUGAAAGUGUUUUGGUUUUACUUAGAGAGCAAUGGUUUAUGGGGUGGACCAGUCUGUCGACAGGUCCCAAGGCUAAUCUCAAUUUCCUGAACCUAAGGACGAUAUUUUUUAUGAAAAAGACAAAUUCAAUUCUCUGCCUUAUGUCAGUUUACGUAAAAAAGUAAAAGGGGCAUUUUUACCUGCUUGACAAUGAAUAUUAAAAAAAACUGUCCCAGAUUUGGCAAAAAACAAAUUGGAAAAGCACAAUCAUUAAAUCUGUACAAAGUUCGUAUUACAAACGAAAAAGUAGCAGCAUUCUUACAAGCAUGCAGAGCGGCACGCAUGACAUUCAUGAGCGCUCCGAUAUUAUUGCACGCGUGAGCAUGCGCAGUAAUGCAAUGAUCACUCCGAGCCUGCAGUAAAUUACGUCCACAGCUGCUGUGGGUAUAGGGAAUUCGGUCAACGCUCUAUCAUUUUAUAUCAUUUUUUUUUAAGAGAACACAAAAAUAUGAAACAUCUCUCUGAAAAAUCAUUUUUCAUGUUGAAAUUUGAAGAGUAAAUGAAGUAGAUCAGAUACAAUUUAACAUGUAAGUAUAUUUCAUACUGAAAAAAACUGAACUUCAAACGUUGAAGAUGACACACGUGUACAAUUUCUUUUUUGAAUUUCAAAUUUUACAGAUAGAGCAGAAAGUUCAUUACAAGAGAGUAGGAGAAGAAGUUCAAUGAUGCAUACAGCUGCCAUUUAUUUGAAUAUAUUAUACUAGAAGAUUAAAAGGAUAAAAGACGCAGUCAUGUGAAGUUUAUGGCUUCCUGCCCAAAUGAAACGAAUUUUUAACGUGCGAACAAGUUGAGUGUUUCUGUCCUCUGCAAAAGUUGAUUUUCAAUGGUAAACAUGUGCAAUCCUUUCAACUGACAAGACAGCUGUAUUUGUGAUAUCUGGACAGGUGAGAACUAAUAUUAUAUUGACUGAAUUUGGAGUCUUGUUUACUUCUUUGUAAUAAAUUUAUUUUGGUUCGAAAGGGUUGUAUCUCUCGGGAGAAUAGCGACAAAUAUGUCUUGCGACAAUGGCCGACAACGCAGCAUUUGCACGGGAAGGUUUUUCACGGCUUCAGCGAUAAAAACAGCUUUAAUGUUUUCUCAAACCAAGGAAAUUUAUUGUUUCUUUUUCGUCGAACCAAAACCUUUGGAAGGUGUGUGGUCAUAUCUAAUUUUCUUACAUUCUGCCUCUCUGAAUUGCUGAAGGUGAUAACAGUUGGGAUUAGUCUAUACAUUAGACUUUGCUUGAAAGUAUGUCAGGUAGAAUGUCAGAGAGAAAUAGUGAAUUUAAGAUUUACCUGGAGCGCGUAUUGAUCGUUUUCGAUUGCGUUGCAUGCGGGACACACAAACCAAGCACAGAUAUGAGAAUUAGGCAAUCGAUAUUUGCCAAAGAUAUCGAAGAUAAGAAGAUAUUCAAUUCAACAUUAGUGCAUUCAAAGACGUGAAGUGAGUUUGGCCCAAACUUACGAACUUUCGGAAAAACUUGACACAAUGCUCGGGGUAACCAACCUUGAGGCUGAAACGAAGAAUGCCAGACACGUGGUUUAGAAAAGCGUGUAAAACGUUUACAACCGCAUGGGAUAUACCCGACUCAUGAUUUAUUUGUUCAAUUAAAAAAAUCCAUGAUUUAUUCAACCGUCAAUUCGAAGUGCAAGUCCUUUCUUCAGUAAAGAAGUAAAAGUCCACGUUAACUUUGAAUAAUAUCUCCAUUAAAUCAGAUUAAGAACCUGCUGAAAUCAAGGAUUACAUUCACCUUUCAUCAUUCAUCAAAGAUUCACUUUACCCAAAGGGGGAGGAGGGACUCUUAGGAUUUGUGGUUGGGGUUGUGCCGCCGUAACCGUUUUUCAUUCCAAAACAUGUCAAUUUCUAGAUUUGUUUUCAGAAGUGGCCCUUGAAAGUUGUAAUAGCAGUGAGACUCUAUUAUUCCACAUUGUAGGCUAAAAAUGUCAAAAGCAAAUUUCACUCAAGUGGAGCUUUGAACCUAUCCUAAAACAAAUUUCAAAUGCCUGUUUUGUGUUGGGGUCAAACAUAUUUCCAGCUUUAUGUAGCAACGUUCAGACAAUAAAUUCGCUGCGAAAUAAGUGGAGAAUGCGCAGUCCUUGGUUACUGAUGAAAUCAAGAAAUUGUUCGAUGUGGCCAGUCCUUCUCAAUGCUUUAUAGACGCUUUCUAUAAAAUUCAUGGAAAUCUUAUUUCUUACAGUUUCUCACGAAAGAUCAGAUUUUUUCCCAUUACUGGAUCAUUAUUCCUGCACAGCGGUGAGUGAGGCAAACUAGGAUUAGCUGUAGCAGCUUUACAAGUCAGUCUUGGUAAACGCAGACCUAAUCUUUAUCUAAUAAGAGCACGUCAGCUUUUAACUACCCCAUAUUACUAGAACAAUUUGGUUAAGCCUGAGCUCGCCGUAAUGUUGGUUGCAAGAUGUAGGAACACCUUGUCCUGGUGGUCAGUGUAUUGAACUCUCCAUUAAAUAGUCCAAUUGAUAUUGAUUAGUGGUCGGGGACGCUCAUGAUGCUAUGCUGGGCGAGACACUUCAAUAUCAACAGUGUUACCUCUAUCCUCAGAGGAAUACAAACGGCACCAGAUCACCUCAUUCGGAAAGGAAGGGAGGCUUGCGGGUAGCAAUACUAGAAGUUGCUUGGGAAAGUGUAAUAGUCUCCCGCAGCUAUCGUGUAUUAGGACUGAUAGACUUUGCACCAACAAAUAUCAUCUUCUCUCAUGUUACUUUGGAGUUGUUGCCUUCUCGACGUGUCUUCUUACCAAACAAAAAUAAAACCAGUUCAAACCUCUAUGUAUCAAAUUUGCACAGAAUCAAAGAUAGACCCUAAACUACAAGGAGAAGAAACCAAAAGGUCCUUGUUAAGAAAUUGAUACACAAAAUGGUAUUUAUUGGUUGACACCCUCGGUAUUAUCAUAUACCUCAGUGGAAUCAGUCGUACCUAACAUAAUUUCGUGUUUGCUUCAGCUUCUCGUCUUGUAGAAGUGCGGAUCCCUUACUUACAAUUAUAUAGGUUUCAAGUUUACACGUUCCAACUUUCGAUCGAUCACUUCGUGUUGUUACUUUCUUUUUUCAGCGCUUUCUGGUGCCCAAAUGAAAACUUUCAGAAUUCAGCGCUAAUGGUGAGUCACAAUCACGUUCUUAACAGAAAUCUCUUUCAAUAAACCUUGAGUUUAACUACCAUUGAAUCGUCAAAUGCGAUAUUGCGUCAUCAAUUAAGAGAAAAUCAAUUUUCACUUUCUAAAUACAAAAGCAACGUCCUACUCCCCGGAAAUGUCAUUUAAAAAAAAGUCAAUUAUCUAUUCAAUCAGAUCCCACCCCAGGUCAAGGUCGUGAACUCAAAUGUCACAAAGGGCUACUUACCAGACUGAAAAUGAAACGCAAAAUAUCGUAAUAAACGUUGUCAGUUCCCACCCAGGUCAAGGUCGGGAACUUAAAUGUCACAAAAGGCUACUUACCAGACUGAAGACAAAACGCAAAUAUCAUAAUUAACGUUGUCAUGGAAAGCGACAAAUCAGCGAAUAAGAGAUUUUUAAGGUGACCUUGGUUCACCAUACUUGCUUCAGAGAUAUUCAUCCCGGCUAUUAUUGAAGUUUCAUCAAUUAAUUUGAUGACAGAUGUUUAUUUAUGGCUCUACAUAGUUGAUCAAACACGUGACAUUUAAAACAUCCUAAAGGCUUGAAGUACGCGAUAGAAAUACUAACUACCGCGAUUAACGUAGUAUCCUAGACAUUGUGUUUGUGUAAUUAUCUGUAGUUUAUUCUGGACAAGAGAAAAUAUUUCACAAAACAGUCCUUUGUUUUUUUUUUAUGAUGGCGUUAAAAGAAAGGCGUGUGAUUGUGCACCGGAGCGGCGUGGGAGAAAAUUACUCAAUUAUCUGAGCUGCGAUAGUAGACGGACUAAACUACUCAGAAAAUCGGAAACUUGGCGGCUCGAAAAGGACUUGUCAGGCUGUUUUUCGAUUACUCUCUUGAUGGCAAACUCACUCCAUAACAUCUUCAAACUUUUUAUAUUUUCGUUUCCAUCGUAUAUGUUGAUAGAAAAUUUGUGCGCUGUUCGAUGUGUAUUCCGAGCCGAUCAAGAAACUGAAUUGGUUGACAAGAUAAAAAUGGUCCAAGAGGGACACUGCUUUUACGCAGGAUCAGAGGUGCUGCGCCUACACUAUAGCUAGAAUGCUUACGACAUUUUGAGGCGUGUUUGUUCUGAAAUGUCACGAGCAGAAAAUUUUCUAACAAUUUACAUAGGUUAACUGCUGACGAUAGAUAUAUCGUAUCAGAAAGUUAGACUGUGUUUGUGAGCUUUUCGAGAAAAAGUCAGAAUUGAAAAAUUCUACAUCACACAGUUUUAUGUAAUUAAGAAAUUUUCAGAUCUAUAGUGUUUUCAUCGCUUAAUCUCAGAAGUAAGGAUCUUAUUACCUAUUUUCUUUGCUGUUAAACAAAAAUGAAUUAGACAGAUCUUAUCAAGAAUGAAACAGUAGGUCCGAUGAAUGUCAAGUCAGUCCCUCGGCAUCGUGGUAAAAGAUAAUUAUGGGCUUGUGGUUGCGUAAUGUCUAAUCAUAAAACAAUUGAAUCGUCCGACGUUUGAUGGCAUGGUAAAAAUAUUUCAUGGUAUCAAGAUAAAGAUCCUUAACGCUCCAGGUUUUAUCAUCACUGCAUCGAGAACUUCAGACGCCUUUACACAGUUUCAAAGCCAUGAAGUACAUUCCAUUCAUGCUCAGCCAGCCAUGGGGAGAUUAAGUCAUAGACCUCCCCCUAUAAUUAACGACGAUCACAACAAUCACCGUGAGUGAAGAUAUGAAGAGAGGGCUCUUUUAAUUUUGCUGUCUUGUAAAAAAAGAUCAAUUUUGCCAUGUAAUUAACACAUUGUUUACUUCCUCCUUUGUCUGCAGAACUGUCUUAAAUAUGAAGCAAACAGCUUUGAAGUAAUGGAUCAUAUUAUGCUUCUGCAGUAACCACGUCUUCUCUAAAACGCCUGGAAACACUGAAAAUACACUGAAAAUUAGAAAGAAGAAGGAAAAUACAAGGAAAACAUUUGCGAUACAAUGCUAUCGAACAACACUUACAUUAAAGGAUUGGAGACAGGCUUGUCCACGUUGUCUCCAACCGACCCAUCAGCAAACGUACAUCGGAAACGUUCUCUAUCGGAGCUGUACUCAUCUUUAGCAAUGUAUGCCUUUCUUAUGGUUGUAAGUCUAUCUGGAAAUGGCCUCGUCGUUUCUGCGUACGUUUCAAACAAAUGGCUUCGAAAAGCGGUGACGCACACCUUAGUCAUAGGGUUGGCAAUGGCAGACUUUCUUGUUGGUAUGGUUUCGCUUCCAUUUUGGAUGAAAAUAACUUUCUCAGAUUACCACGGUCGUCAGAUAGAUAGCCACAUUUACCAGGUAUACAUAACAGCCGACAUAUUCAUCGGAACUGCGUCCAUCCUUCAGCUCACUGGAAUUAGUAUCGAGAGAUCUCAUGCCAUUCUUAGACCAUUCAGGCAUCGCCAGCUCCCAAGGAAAACCUUCCAUAUCGCAGUCGCAUCGGUUUGGCUGUUCUCGGCUCUAUUAGCUUCUCUGCAACCGUUACAGUAUGGUACCGAGUGGCAAACGCCAUAUACAAUUCUGACCGCAAGUGUGUGUUUCUUUAUUCCAGUGAUGGUGAUUAUCACUGCCUACAGUAGCAUUUUAGUGGCUGCCAAGAGCAAGGGAAAUUUAAGCCAAAGAAAGGCCCACAAGACUAGUUUGGAAAAAGAGGUGAGUCUUGUUCCUUUUUCAUCUUCUAGGUUUCUGUUUGCCAGACUUAAUACCUAUGUUGACAGUAGGUAACAACCCCACUCUUUUAUGAUUCUUUGACAUCAAAAGAAAAUAAUGGGAACUAUAUUUUGUGUUUAAGAGAUGGAAUUCUAAAACAGUGUUCAAUCAGAGGCCCGCUCCAACUCCUAGAGUGGAUGCUGGGUGCACCUCGUUCAAUCUGUAUCGCGUUAUGUAAUAUUCUGGUGUCUCAUCCAAAAGUACCUCGAGUCGGACACCCGUAUUUUAAAAAAAUGAUACCUUAAGGUGAAACGAAUCCACUACAUUUCAUAUCAAAUAUUCCCUCACUCCAUUUGUUUAUCUCAACUUUCUCAUUACAGAUUCGGCUGUCUUUAACCGUAGCUCUCAUAACAAUGCUAUUUAUCAUCGCAUGGCUGCCCCUUUUCGUCGUGACCAUGAUUGCUACGUUUGACCCAGAUUCCCUUCCUUCACCGAUCAUUUUCGCCCGCCUGCUGCAAUUCGUCAAAUGGAUGCACUACUGUUCAAGUGCAGUAAACCCGUUCUUGUACUCUUACCGAAAUCCCGACAUGCGAAGAACAAUUGCAGUGCUUCUACGCCGUCUUGUCCUUCAGGGCCCAGGUGUAGACGAAGUGUUCAGGAGACGCUCCAGCGAUAUUUCCACGACUCGUGUGAGAAAAGUUAGUAUCUGCUCGGAUAAGAGCCGAAAAGUCAGCACAGAAAGCCAGCAAAGUUGCUUAGGAGCUCGUUCCGCAUUUUCACGAAUUAGUGUUAGAGGACGAGGUAACUCUUCUGAAGAUAAAGAAAUGGGACACAAAGGGGUGGAGUUCAACAACAACAUUUAA